AUGUCUGGUGAAAAAGAGAACGAACAACACCCCAAUAUAAAUCCAGUGGAAGUUAAUGAAGUCUCUCCAAACAUUUUUGAAAAUGGCAAAAUGCAAUCCCCUGAAAAAUUUGAUGCAGCUAGAAAACCAUCAAGUUCACUACCUGAAGGAAAUCAGAACGAAACUGAAGCUAAUUGGAAUGCUAAUGGAAUUAAAAACAUAUCUUCGGAUGUUUUUGAGACAGAUUCAAAGUCAGAUAUGUUACAAUCACAACCAGCUUAUGAAAUUACAGAGGUUUCAUCAAUAAGCAAUUUAUCUGAGGAAAAAGGUGAAUUCCUUGAGCAUUUCACAGAACAACUGAUAAAAAACUCUUCUGAAAUUGUUCAAAGACAAUCAGAGAAGGAUGCCUUACAAGCCUCAGAAAAAUUGGAAAUGCUUAAAAGGAUAUCAGCAAAUUUGAUGUCUGAAACAACAGAUACUGAACUUCUUGCUUAUCUCUACGCUGAAGGAUUAAGUGAAAUCCCUUCAGAUUUUUGGGAAGGACGAGCUAGAAAAAGCUUACUACAUUCUAUAGAGAAUGCUACUGUACCUCAAAAGGUAUCCAUGGAUAUGAUGUCUGAAACGAUGCUUGAUGAAUGUACAGUUCAAUUAAAUGCGAAAGGACUGGUUGAAAUUCCUACAGGGGUUUUUGACAUCAAAAUGUUACGUUAUUUGUAUUUAGACAAUAAUGAAAUCAAAACCAUUCCAAGAGAGAUAAGAUCGUUGAAAAGCUUGGCAAUAUUAUCAAUGGAUGGAAAUCAAUUAACAUCAUUACCUUCUGAAAUUUCUCUACUUAAAAACCUUAGAACUUUAAACUUCAGUCAUAACCAAAUAUCAUGGCUUCCCAAUGGAUUUUCACAUCUUUCAAGCCUGAAGUGUCUUUUGAUCAGUUAUAAUAACAUUGAAGUAUUUCCUUCUGCUUUGCAAAAUCUUGAAAAACUGGAAAUAUUAGAUCUCAGUGGAAAUAAACCAACUCUGUCAGAGACUAUACCUACCAUGAAAAAUUUGAAUGUGCUCUACUUAAAUGCCAAUAAAAUGUCAAUAUUCCCAAAGAUUCUCUGUUACCUUCCGAAUCUAAGUAAGCUAAGCAUGUCAGAAAAUCAGAUCCAAAGUUUACCAAAGGAAAUUAAAGAACUCAAGACAUUAAAAGAACUUUCACUAAAUAACAACAAACUCUUAUUUUUACCUGUACAACUCUUUCAAUUGAUACAGAUAGAAAAAUUGAGAUUGGAUGAUAACCAGUUAGAAAGUCUGUCGGAUAAAGUAGAGAACUUACAAAUGCUUCGAGAUCUCAAUCUUGCCAAAAAUUUAUUCAAGAACAUUACAGAUAAUCUUUGCAACUGUGCCAUGCUAGAAUGUCUCAAUCUUAAUGACAACCAAUUAAAAACUCUUCCCACCAACCUGUACAAACUAAAAUAUCUAAGGGAACUCUACUUAAGCAGAAAUCAACUGAUCUUGUUAGAUGAACAAAUAUCAUACAUGAAAGAACUCUCAAUUUUAGAGGUAUCAGGAAAUAUGAUAAUGUACAUCCCUGUUGAAAUCAAAAGUUGUACAGAACUCACUAAAGUUGACUUAAGUUACAAUAAGUUGUCCUUGUUUCCAGUUGGACUGUGUGCACUGGCUGCACUUCAACACCUAAAUCUCAGUGGAAAUUAUAUUUCAGAAAUAACUACUGAAAUUUCAUUCAUUAAAAACCUGAAGUAUCUAAAUCUCAGUAAGAACAAAUUGCCUUCAUUUUCCAUAUACUUGUGCACUCUUUCUAGACUAAGCUACUUAGACCUAAGCAACAAUGAAAUAAGUAGUAUUCCAACGAAUGUGCAAAAAAUGAAGUCUCUUCGGGUUCUGCUGUUAUACCAUAACAAAUUUAUUUUGUUUCCCAGAGAGUUAUGUUCUCUAAAUAAACUUAAGGAACUUGAUCUUUCUGAAAACAAGAUACAGCUCAUUCCUUCAGAUAUUAAAGACCUGCAAGAACUAAUAGACUUUAAUUUGUCAAAUAAUCAGUUUGCAUCAUUUCCAACUGAAAUAUGCCAGCUUUCAUCACUGCAGAAGUUAACGUUAUGCCAGAAAAAUGGAUUAAAGUUAAAAUUACUUCCAGAAGAGAUAUCAAAGCUGAUAGCCCUUAAGGAGCUUGAUGUGUCUUAUAACGAAUUACAAGAAAUGCCAGAAAGUAUAGGAGAAAUAAAAUGUUUGGUUACUUUAAUAGCAAACGACAAUUGCUUAACGAAGCUUCCCUUGAGUUUUUCAUCACUCCAUAAUUUACAGCACUUGAAUCUGAGAGAAAAUAAGAUGCUAUAUUUACCAAGUGAUAUGCACCUUCUUCUGGAACUGAAGGAUAUAAAUUUUGAUGGAAAUGCUCUGAUCAGACCUCCACCGGAAGUCUGUAAAGGAAAACAACUGCUUCCCAUAACACACUACUUAGAAAGUGCUGAUGAAAGAGAUGAAAAAAUACUGGAGAAAGUAUUGAAGACAAUUGCCUGCAAUGUCCCCUUUGAACAUUUUGAAUUUUUUUGUGAAAAGCUUAAGCUUAACAGUGAUGUAAUAAAAUCUAUUGAAAAUAACAGGACUCUUUUAUUAGAAGAAAAGGUUACUCAGGCAUUGAACUACUGGAAAACUGAAAACCAAGAUCUGUCCCCAGCUGCCAAGAUGGACCAAUUGAUCAGAGUACUGACCAUGACUGGCCUGUAUUACCUGACUAACAAAGUGAAAGCUGUAAAACUCUGUUCAAGACUGGUAAAGUUCUGAAGAGUACAAAACAUUUGUAUUUUCAAUUCAGAUGUUUGGGUACGUAAGCAGAAUAAAGUUAACUUAU